ACUGUGCGUAUGCGGAACCUUUGACAGAUGGUGUAUUUUCUUAUGGGAUGGAACGUCUAUUGAACAACACAAAAAAUGGCGGAUGUUCCAAGCGAUGCCCCACAGCACUGCCCUGGUACAUCCAGCGAGCAGGCAGGAAAGACGUCAUCAUGCCAGGGCUGUCCCAACCAGAACCUCUGUGCCUCCGGUGCCACCAAAGCACCUGACCCAGCCAUAGAGGAGAUAGCAGUGAAGAUGUUGUCAGUCAAACAUAAGAUCCUGGUCCUGUCUGGGAAAGGAGGUGUGGGGAAGAGUACCUUCAGCGCCCACCUGGCCCACGCCCUGGCUGGUGAUAGCAAUAAAGAGGUGGCUCUCCUGGAUGUAGAUAUCUGUGGUCCAUCCAUCCCCAGGAUCAUGGGCGUGGAGGGAGAACAGGUUCAUCAGAGUGGAUCUGGAUGGUCUCCUGUGUAUGUAGAAGACAACCUUGCUGUCAUGUCUAUUGGCUUCCUGCUCAGUAGUCCUGAUGAUGCUGUCAUAUGGAGAGGACCCAAGAAGAAUGGGAUGAUCAAGCAGUUCUUGAGGGAUGUUGAUUGGGGGGAUCUGGAUUACCUUGUCGUGGACACACCCCCUGGCACAUCUGACGAGCACCUGUCCAUAGUCCAGUACCUUAGCUCUGCCCACAUCGAUGGCGCAGUCAUCAUCACUACCCCGCAGGAAGUCUCUCUUCAAGAUGUAAGGAAGGAGAUCCGUUUCUGUCGGAAGGUCAAGCUGCCAAUCAUAGGAGUGGUCGAGAACAUGAGUGGAUUCGUGUGUCCCAAAUGCAAGAACACGUCGGAGAUCUUUCCAUCCACAACCGGAGGAGCAGAGAGGAUGUGUGAAGAGAUGAAUCUGACUCUGUUAGGACGCAUCCCGCUGGACCCCAGGAUAGGUAAGAGUUGUGAUGAGGGAAAGUCCUUCCUGGCUGAAUUUCCAGAAUCCCCUGCUGCACUUGCCUACAGAAGUGUUGUGCAAAGUAUCCAAGCCUAUUGCCUGUCCGAAGGAACGCAGGGCGAGAGUGCUGACUAGAAAUCAGACCGGGCCACCAGUUUGCUCUGGAAACCAGGACCAGAUCACAUAGAGAGUAUGGAUGGGUGACACUCCCCAAGGCCCAAGCCCUUUCAUGGAUUUUAUGGCUAAUACAAUUCGUUCAACUUCUCAAGUAAUUACCGAGGUCUCUAAUGGGUGAAUCAGGUGUCCUAGUUCAGGGCUGAAAACUGAAAUAUGUGGAGUUCCCCAAGGAGCCCUGCCUUAGUACUCCCACAGGGAUGGCUCAAACAAAUGACUGUGACAUUGAAAGUGCAUUCACUAUUGAAAUGACUAUAUGCACUAACAGUGCGUUUUUCUCGGAAGAAUGACUCAAAUAUGUCCUGAUUUUCUUUCCCAGUAAACGGGCUGUGGUUUCCCUGACAUGUCACUGAUGUUUUAGAAUAGUUUGACCAAAAACCAACUCAAGACCAUUUCCAUUUUGUCAGCUUUGCUUGCAUCUCUUGUCCCAGGUGAUCGGUCCUUUCAUCAUUAUGAGCUGAACCAAAACAACUGACCCUAGACCUGCAGUUAAUGAUGUUUUCAUAAUUCUGCAUUCAUAUGUAUGUGCAAGAGAAGCAGAGCUCCGGUCAGUCCUGGUCUUCUGUCCAAGUCAAACCUUGACCUGAACAUCCACAGUUACAUAAGUCUUAUCAUAAAGCGCACACAGACCAGGAUAUCUGCACCUCUGUUGUAAACCUCUGUUGUAAACCUCUGUUGUAAACCUUCUUGUGUAAGUGUCAUUGUUGACAGGUGGGAACCAACCUUGAUUGUGUAUAUUAUUCAUCAUUGAUUUAGACAUUGAUUCCAUGUUUGUAUGUGGGAGAGAAGAUUAUUGCUGUGAUUAUGUUUGUAAAGUCCCAAAACUCUGAUCUGAUAGUUGGCUUAAUUCAUUAUCAUUUCUAUGUUGUUUCAUUCAACAUGUAAGUUGUCUGUUGACUAAUAAAGUUAUACAUAAUGCAAAUA